AUAUUAGUCUGUGCGUUUACGAGCUAUAAUUUUAUUGGUUACAAUUUACCUUUAUAAUAAAAUAAUAAUUUAAAUAAAAGUGAGAAUGGAGGUCUAACCUAUAUAAAGAUUUUUUUGCCCAUAAGCCUAACGGGGGCUUUUCUUGUAAUCGAGUUUAUUGAUAAGUGAUUAAAAUAUUCUUAAUUCUAAUGUAUUUUAGUUUGAGCUGAUGGUCUUGUUACCAGUGCUUUAAAUAAAUAAAACAAACAAAUGUUAAAACUUAAAAUUAUUAAAUAAUUUAUCUGUUCAAACAAACUACAAACAGUUGUGAGUUGAGUUAUUGUAAAAUGAGUAUGCCUACAGAUUUUGGGCCCGAUUCUGGCGGUAGGAUAAAGGGACUGACUAUAGUAAAAGCAAUAGUGUAUGGGAAUAUAGCCAGAUAUUUUGGCAAGAAAAGAGAGGAAGAUGGACAUACACAUCAGUGGACUGUGUAUGUUAAGCCCUAUGCCAAUGAAGACAUGUCAGGCUAUGUUAAGAAAGUUCACUUUAAGUUACAUGAAAGCUAUGCAAACCCAAAUAGAAUCAUAACAAAACCACCAUUUGAACUGACAGAGACUGGUUGGGGUGAAUUUGAGAUUGUUAUAAAAAUAUACUUCCAAGAUCCUAAUGAAAGACCUGUAACUCUCUACCAUAUAUUAAAGUUAUUUCAGUCUCCAAUCACAGAGGGCACUCCACAAGUGGGGCGAGCCUUAGUUAGUGAGUCAUAUGAAGAAAUUGUAUUUCAGGAGCCAACACAACUGAUGCAGCAUCUUUUGAACAAUGUCAAACCAAUUACAAAUGGAACAUGGUCACAUAAUACAAACUUUGAAGAAAAAAAGGAAAAAACAUUAGAAGCUAUUAAAGCAGCCCAAAUUAAAGUACGAACUGAAAUUUCAGAGUUAAAGGAGAAACUCUCCCUAGCAAAGGACACAAUAAACAAGUUCAAAGAAGAAAUUACUAAACUACAGAAUAACCAAACAUCAAGUCUUAUUACAGCUAUUUGAAAGGGUUUAACAUUUUAUUGAUUGUGAAUGAUGUGCUAAAAUAUAUAAUGAAACUCAGGCUGAGAUCUUACAGUGUGCUUAGACUUUGCUCACAUAACCAAUAGCUGAAUGUGUAACCUUAGCAUAAUCUUUUAUUUCGAUUUUUAUAGUCAUUUGACAGCCGAAUACAACACUUAAGUUCACUCAGGCUCAAGGGUCAAUGCAAAUAACUUUUUUUUAAUAGCUAAAAUAACACUAAGAGCUUUAAUAGGUUUAAAGCUCUUCUUCUUCUUCUUCAUACGGGCGCUUUCCGCAACUCGACGUCAUAUGCGCCUAUUUUGCGUGCGAGGGUGGUAGAGGCUAUUCCAAACAGCCAAGCUCCUCCAAUAAGUCACCCAACUUCUUAACGUCUCGGGAUACUUCCCGAAGAGCGCCUGGUGACCCCAGGUGCUUCGCCCUGUAGUUUGCCACCUCACUGCAUUCCAGCAGUAUGUGAGCGGCUGUUUCCUCUGCCCCCAGGCAACCUCUGCAUAGAGAGCUGUCCGUGACACCUAUAUUAAAAAGAUGCCUAUUUAAAUUGCCGUCACCUGUGUACCCGCACAUAUUAAUAUUAAUCUUAAUGGACACCAAUUAAGUUGUAAGAUUUCCCUGGUAAAACCCAAGUCGUUGAUGAAGUGCUUUUAUCUUUUGAUUUAAGUGGUUCCUGAACCAACUAUGUGGCAGAAGCAGGAAAGGCUCUGGUCCAACCAGUUGGGUUUCAGAACCCCUUCUAGCUAGUUAGUCUGCCGCCCCUGACCCCACUGUGAGGGGUGAGGUGAGGUUUAAAGCUCUUAGUUUAAACAAAGAGAUUUUGAAUUAUCAUUAUAAAUAUUUCAUUUAAAUUAUGAAAGUAGAGGUUGUGAGAUGAACACAUACAAGAAACUCAAUAGGAAUUCUUUUAAAAUCAAUGUUUAUUUCUACAAUAGCUGUAAUAUACAAACUAGUUUGUUAGAUGCUGCAUCCAAUAUAUGACUCAUGCUCCAAGUUAAAAAGCAUUUCAUAAAAAGUAACUUAUACAAAAUACACUGUAUAAAUCUAAUAUAUAAAAUUCUCAUGUCAUCGUGAUAAACUUUGAACUCCUCCAAAACGGCUUGACCAAUUCUCAUGAAAUUUUUAGUGCAUAUUGGGUAGGUCUGAGAAUCAGACAACAUCUAUUUUUCAUCCCCCUAAAUGUUAGGGGGGGUCCACACGAAUUUUGUUUUUAAUUUUUUUGACAUUUUUUUUUUAAAUUUGAUUAUGAGUCAGCAUUAAAAAUACAUACAACUUCAAAUUUUCACCCAUCUACGAUCAACAGUUACUUUUAUAUCGCGAUUUUAAUAUCGGCAAUACAACAUUUGCUGGGUCAGCUAGUAUCUUAUAUAUCUUUUAUUGGAUGCAUCAACUUUUAGAGCUUGAAGUCAUUGUUUAUGUAAGAAUGCUUUAUGACCAUGAUGAUCGUGAUUACUGUCAUAAUUAUUAGUAAUUGCAUGAAACGAAGACAAUGAUUUAUUAACUAUAGCUGAUAGGCCAAGCACGACAAGCAGCACUUGUUCACAAGUCACCAGCCACUGUAUUGUAGAAUGUUUCAAUUAUUUUUGUAUCCAUAUUACGUUAUUGGAAGUAUGUUAAACCUUUAAUAUAAAAUUUGUGCAAA